AUGUAUAUUUUACGCGUUGAAGAAAAACAAAAUACAAUAAACUUCCUUCCAAAAAGAAAACAUCAACAUAUGGACAUCAAAUAUUUACUUUGUGAUAAUUCUUCAAAUUUUGAAAAAGAAUACGAAAGACAAGUCACCUAUUGGUCUUCUAGUUCACCUUCAUUAUUAGAGACUCUAGACUCUAAUUUAUUUAUCUCAAAAAAGAAGAAACAUCAAAGACGUACACCAUGGACUACUUCAGAAGAUUAUUUAUUAGAAAAAGGUUAUUUACAAGGUUUGUCUUGGGCUAUGAUAUCCUCUAGAUAUUUACCUCAUCGUUCUCGUGGAUGUUGUUGGGGUCGUUUCAAGACACUUCGAGCUAAAUUUUUAGAACAAAACCCAAGCUACCGUACAUUAAGAACACGUAAAUAAUUAUCAAGAGCAUUAUAAAAGAAGAAGAAGAAAAAUGAUUUUGU